AUGGAACCGAAAGGUCGCAACCCCAAGGAGAACGGAUGGACGGAAGUCAGGCGAAAAACUCCGAUGAACAGGGCAAUCACCACCUUCUACGUUGCAUACCCACAAAAUGAUAUCUCGAAGCCUAUGUUAUCUGAAUCAUUUCACAGAUAUGGGAAACUAAUGGAUAUCUACAUACUAGGUCGGAAGGAUAAAAGUGGAUUCUAUUUUGCAUUUAUAAGAUUUGAAGGAGUAAAGGAUGUUGAAGCCCUGCUCAAAUCUCUAAACAAGGUAAAAUGUGGCCAUUGCAUCGUCAAAGUUAAUGUUUCCAAGUAUGUGAAGAAGAACAAUAAUUUCUCAACUAGAGUUAGAUCUGGUAUUCCUAACCACAAGCCCCAACAUCAUAUAUCAUCCCCAACAUCAAGGCUGCAGGCAGGCAUUUCUUAUGCUGAUGUGGUCUCCGGUAAUUCCCAUAAAUACCCUCCCCCACAUCCCUUGCGUAUCACACCUGUGCAUCUCAACAAAGUUCCCACCGUGGAAUCAAGCUUCCAAUCAUUGCUAACUGGUGAUAUUAAGGAUAUCGAACUUCUUAAGGACCUACCGAAACUUCUCAACGCAGAGAAAGUGAUUUUUGCGGAUGUUCAUUAUGCCGGUGGACUUCGGAUAAUCCUUAAAUUUCACAGGAAAGUGGAGGCUUAA